GGGUGCAUAGCCAUCGGACGGCCCUGAUCGAGUUAAAGGUUCCAGGGUAAUACCGAGACGUCGACCGGGGGCCGUAAAACCCUAGGCCCCUCCCCUUCGUCAGAUAGAGGAGAAACCCUAGUGCUCCAAUCCUUUCUUCGUGGAAGACUCGCUCAAGAGGGCGAUGGCGCUCUACCUCCUCUUUGAAUCUGCCUCCGGUUACUCCCUCUUCCACGCCUAUGGCCUCGACGAGAUCGGCCAGAACACGGAGGCCGUCCGGAACUCCGUCCUCGACCUCACACGCUUCGGAAAGGUCGUCAAGCUCGUCGCCUUUCAGCCCUUCUCCUCCGCCCUCGAUGCCCUCAACCAAUGCAACGCCAUCUCCGAAGGGCUCAUGACCGAUGAGUUGAGGAACUUCUUGGAAAUCAACCUCCCGAAACCAAAAGAGGGGAAGAAGGCUAAGUUUAGCCUCGGGGUCGCAGAGCCCAAGGUUGGGUCUCAGAUCUUUGAAGUGACGAAGAUUCCUUGCCAGAGCAAUGAGUUCGUACUCGAGCUUCUUCGUGGCGUGAGGUUGCAUUUCGAUAGGUUUAUUAAAGACUUAAAGCCGUCAGAUUUGGAGAAGGCUCAACUGGGGUUGGGGCAUAGUUACAGCAGAGCGAAGGUCAAGUUUAAUGUUAAUCGGGUGGAUAACAUGGUUAUUCAGGCCAUAUUUCUCCUUGAUACACUCGACAAGGAUAUUAACACCUUCUCCAUGAGAGUGAGAGAAUGGUACUCCUGGCAUUUCCCAGAGCUGGUGAAGAUCAUAAAUGACAACUAUCUAUAUGCCAAAAUUGCAAAGUUUGUGGAGAACAAAUCAGAGUUAUCUGAUAAUCAUAUUCCUGCAUUAGCAGACAUAGUAGGUGAUGAGGACAAAGCAAAAGAAAUUGUAGAAGCAGCUAAAGCAUCCAUGGGACAGGAUCUGUCCCCAAUUGAUUUGAUUAACGUUCAGCAGUUUGCUCAGAGAGUUAUGGAUCUCUCUGAAUAUAGGAAGAAGCUGUACGAGUAUCUUGUCACAAAAAUGAAUGAUAUAGCACCAAAUCUCACAACUCUGAUAGGUGAAAUUGUUGGUGCUCGUCUGAUAUCUCAUGCUGGGAGUCUUUCAAAUCUAGCAAAAUGUCCUUCAUCUACUCUUCAGAUACUUGGUGCUGAGAAGGCACUUUUCAGAGCGUUGAAAACUCGAGGAAACACUCCAAAGUAUGGCCUCAUCUUCCACUCUUCAUUUAUUGGCCGGGCAUCUGCUCGAAACAAAGGACGUUUAGCUCGUUACCUUGCGAAUAAGUGUUCCAUUGCUUCCCGUAUUGAUUGCUUUUCUGAGAUGAAUACAUCUAUUUUUGGAGUAAAGCUGCGCGAACAAGUUGAAGAGAGAUUAGACUUCUAUGACAAGGGCGUUGCACCUCGUAAGAAUGUUGAUGUGAUGAAAGCUGCUGUUGAGAGUAUGGUCUCACAACUGACUGAUGAUGUACCUAAGAAGGAUGAAGCUUCCGUGAAGAAGAGCAAGAAAAAGAAAUCUAAAGGUGAAGUUGUGAAUGGUGAGCCCAUGGAUGAGGAUAAAUCAACUGGAGUUGCUGCUGAUGGGGAGGCUCCUGCAGAACCGGAGACCGAAAAGAAAAAGAAACACAAGUUGACAGAGGCGCAACAGGAAGAUGGGGUGGCGGCAGAAGCAGUCAAUGGGGCAAAUGGUCACGACACACAACAAAAUGGGGCUGCCAAAAAGAAGAAGAAGAAGAAGAAGAAGGAUCGAGAAGAAUCAGAUGGUGACGUCCCAAUGGAAACUGAAGGGAAAAAGAAAAGGAAGAAAAAGGCAAAAACUGAAGAUAAUGAGUAAUUAUGAGAUUAAAGUAGUUCUGUUUUAUGUUUAUGCAUUAGCUACCAAAUCAUGCUGAGGCUCGUGUUUUUGUCGAGUGGUAAGUUUUGUCCCUAAAAAUUAUUUGAGCUCCUAAACUUGAUGGGCCUGCAAUGGAAUACGCAUUCAAAUGCCAAUUUAUUUUGUAGUUUUAAGUCUACUUGUAACUGAGUCGCAAAUUGGGCUUUUCCAA